AUGUUUGCAAAAAAGGGUAAAGCAAAAAAUGGAAAAAUAGGAUCAGAAUUUGUAGAUGGUGAAAAAAAGGAUUUAGCAGAAACUUUUGAAGGAAGUUUGACAAAUAAAUAUUAUAUCUAUGUGACUUUAAAAGAUAGCAGUCAAAGAAAAGCUAAGAUUUUAUCAUGCAGAUUAUCAAAAAGUUAUAAUGGUGGCAAAAAAACUGAUUCAUCUUAUGACUAUUAUGUCCAUUUUAUUGAUUUAGAUAGAAGAAAUGAUUGUUGGGUUACCCGUAGAUAAAUUUAGCCUACAACUGAAUUAUAUUCAGAAUAAAAGCAUCAUGGUAAGGGAGCUGCUAUCAAAAAAAUAGAAACAGAAGAGAAUCAUGAACAUGAAGGUUGCAAUGAAGAAGAUAUAGAGAGACAUAGGGAAGCUACUAAAAUAAAAACAAUAGAAAAAAUAAAAAUAGGAAAGUUGUCUUGUGAUACUUGGUAUUACUCUCCUUACCCUAAAGGAUUUCACAAUAUAGAAUAUUUGUAUAUUUGUGAGUUUUGUUUAAAUUUCUUUUUGACAUAGUCCGAAAUGGAUAGACAUUCUAAGAGAUGCUUACAUAAGCAUCCUCCUGGAGAAGAGAUUUAUAGAGAUGAAGAUAAUAAAGUAUCUAUGUUUGAGGUUGAUGGCAAAAAAAAUAAAGUUUAUGGAGAAAAUUUGGCUUAUUUGGCUAAACUCUUUUUAGAUCAUAAAACUUUAUGGAGAGAUAUGGAGCCUUUUAUAUUCUAUGUUUUAUGUGAAAAUGAUGAAGAAGGUAGCCAUAUUGUUGGAUACUUUUCUAAAGAAAAAAGCUAAGAUGAUGGUAAGUAACGUACACCUGAAGGAUAAAAUCUUUCUUGCAUCCUUGUUUUACCUUGUCAUUAGAGAAAGGGUUAUGGAAAAUUCUUAAUAAGUUUUUCCUAUUAGUUAUCUAUAAUCGAAGGAAAGCUUGGAACACCUGAGAGACCACUUUCAGAUCUUGGAAAAGCAAGCUACUUAAGUUGGUGGACAUAACGUAUCAUAGAAUAUAUAAAUUAGAUGGUAGAAAAUGAUAAAGAUUUUAGUUUAAAAAGCUUAUCUUAAACUACAGGUAUUAUAGAGAAGGAUAUUCUUUGGACACUAGAACAAAAGAAAUUGAUAAAAUAUUAUUAAGGAGAUAUAAUUAUAUGCACAGAUCAAAAAAAGCUGCAAUAGAUAUAUGAUGAAUGCGGAAAAAGAGAAUUCAAAAUACAUUCCUAAGAUAUACAUUGGGUUCCGCACAAACCUAAAUGGAUUGCUGUUGAAGAACCUGUAUAUCCUAAAUACAAUCCUACUCUUCACUUUUGUUACUAAGAUUAAUACAAUUGA